AUGGUCCUCAAUCUAGGCCUCAUGAGCAAGCCUCUUCCUGAUAGCAUUUUCUGGCGAGCUCCGCCAGCAGAUGCUGAGAGAGAUGGAACUACCUUGAUUGUGAAUGUGCAACAUUUUGGUGAAAAGGCUCGAUGUUUUAUAGCUCUGGUUGAUCUAUCUCAUAAUGCUAUGGAAAGAAUCAUGAGAUGGGCCAAGUUUGAUAUUGCAGACAGAGAAGAAACAAGAAGAAGAGAAUUUGAUGAAAGACAUGACAUUAAUUCACCAGAUUUAUUGAUUGGUCAUCCUUUUUAUCAAAAAGCAAGAUAA